AACGUUCUAGUGUGUAAAUAUAGUACAGAGUGGUUCUUUCAAACUUUCCCAACACUUUCACUUCUAAUGGAUAUGGCUGUGCUCAUGUGGGACAUCAUUGUUUCUUUAAUGUUAUUGAUUUCUCCGGAUUUGCUCUCGGCGGAUAAGAGUGGCUUCAGGAGACUGUACGUGCUGCAGCCGGGACCGAGCGGUACGGACGGGGUUCACGUGAGCUCCAUUUCAUCGCUCUCGGGAGCGUCGGGACAGCCGCACUCCUACAAUGUGGAGCUCAAAGCCAGCAUCGGCGGCCAGGUCCGGACGCGCAGAAUGGGUCACCAGUCGAACCCGAACACAAACCCGAGCAUUCCGAUACGUCAGGACGCGCAGCCUGGCAGACACACAUCCAGCCAUCAUAUGAAAAUGUCAGGAGUGAAUGUCUGUGGGGGGCAGUGCUGUGUUGGUUGGAGCAAAACCCAAGGAUCUCAGCGCUGCACUAAACCUAACUGUACACCGCCAUGCAAGAAUGGAGGGAUGUGCUUGCGGCCCCACGUUUGUGUGUGUAAGUCAAGCUCUAAAGGCAAGUCCUGUGAACAGACUACUCUGCCCCCAUCCUUACAUCCAACUGGACCAUUAAAUGGAAACACCAAUGGUGGACUUCCAAACGGAGGUCAUACAUAUGGAUACCCCAAUGGUCAUAAUGUAGUUCCCCAGCCUCCUAUUCCUCAGCAGAUCUUCCCGCAAGGCCAAGGUCAAGUGCCGUUACCGUUGCCUGGCACCAACGUGGGACAUCUGACCCUGUCCAUGAAGUCGUCACCUAACGGACCCAAUCCUUAUCAACCACAAGUACAAAACCCAAUUUCAAAGAUAAUGCACCAGAGCAAAACCCAGAAGUUCAUGGUUCAGCAGAAAAACUACCACACUCACACGCAGAUGCACGGAGUCGGACCCACCCUAAACCGGGCCAUCCCGCUUUCAGUGGGACACAACCCAAUAAAUUUAGGGAACCACACAGGCCGGAUUAAAGUGGUCUUCACCCCGACUAUCUGCAAGAUGACCUGCACUAAUGGUCGCUGUCAGAACAGCUGUCAGCAGGGCAACACCACCACUAUCAUCAGUGAAAAUGGGCAUGCUACGGACACACUUACUGCCCCCAACUUCAGAGUCGUUGUUUGCCACUUGCCCUGCAUGAAUGGAGGAAAAUGCAGUGCUCGGGACAAGUGCCAGUGCCCACCUAACUUUACUGGAAAAUUCUGCCAAAUGCCAAAUCCCAACGGUCACCAGGGGCAACAUGCUGUCGUAAACGGACAGAAGACACACAUCCACUCAACGCACACAUUACCCCUCACCUACGGCACUGGACAAAACCAGGGUUUGGUGAAUGUCCAUGUGAAGCAUCCCCCAGGAGCCUCUGUCCAGAUCCAUCAGGUGUCUCCGGUGGAUAGUAAUGGGCAGGUGAAGAACACAUACUCCAGCCACUCCUUUACCUACCACAGCAGCAGCCAGAGCAUCCAACACGGUCAUACUCACAGCAGCGUCAUUUACCCCAACCAGCAAACAUACCCCCAGUACCAGCCGGUGACAUCCAAGAGCCAGUUGGGACGUUGCUUCCAAGAGACUGCUGGAAUGCAGUGUGGGAAAGCUCUGCCUGGCCUGUCUAAACAAGAUGCCUGUUGUGGGAUGGUGGGCACAUCAUGGGGAUUCCACAAAUGCCAAAAAUGCCCCAAGAAAACAUCGAUUCCUUUGAUUGUAUGUCCUCUAGGCUAUAAGAGGUUGAAUGCCACUCGCUGUAUCGAUAUUGAUGAGUGCCAUAUUCAAGGAGUUUGUCCCAAUGGAAACUGCAUUAACACCAUGGGCAGCUACAGGUGUAUCUGCAACCCAGGCUUUGUGCCUGACCCCACCCUGACCACCUGCUUCCCCGAAACACCUGCUUUUCGUGAGGAGAAGGGUGCUUGCUACCGAUUGGUCAGUUCGGGGAAGCAGUGCUUGCACCCUGUGUCCACUCAGCUGAGUAAACAGUUAUGCUGUUGUAGUGUGGGGAAGGCCUGGGGUCCUCAUUGUGACCGCUGCCCCCUACCUGGAACAGCUGCAUUUAAAGACAUCUGUCCUGGAGGAAUGGGUUACCAUGUAACCACACCGUACAUUUACAAGCCCAAACCUCCUAAUGGACACAGCCAGACAGACGGUCACGGGCAGAGCAAGCUCACCAUCAGACACCAAGUGCCUGUGGAUCCUCCUAUGCCCUUCCCCACCCUGCAGCAGCCCGUGGAAGCUCUCAGCAUUACAGAGAGGCAGCUACCUGUGCCCACAGUUCCCCAGCAGGAGCUUUAUACCCACAUGAAUGUUGAUAGGUCAGUAGUACAGCCUGGACAGGCCCAGCUGUCACCCGGGGUGUCUACAAUCAGGAUGGAGCCUGCCCUCUCAGAGGUGGUGGAGAAGGUGUCACCACCCGCUCCUGUGGCACUUCCACCCUCCAUAGAAAGUCAGGACAUCUCCCCAACACAGCUGGCAGAGAUUGACGAGUGUCAGGUGAGACCUGAUAUAUGUGCUGCGGGAAUCUGUUAUAACACUAUUGACAGCUACAAGUGCAUCUGUGAUGACGGCUAUAGAAUAGACAGUGAGGACACCACGUGUGUAGAUGUCGACGAGUGUUCAGAGAGCCCAAGUUUAUGUGCUAAUGGUCACUGUCAGAACACUCCAGGCGGAUUCCUGUGUGCGUGUGAGCCUGGCUUCAUGCCUAACGAGAAGGGCACCAGCUGCUCCGAUAUCGAUGAAUGUCAGGAUGGGAGAGUGUGUCCAUCCGGUCUCUGUUAUAACACUCUGGGCUCUUUCAUGUGUUCUCCUUGUCCGGAGGGGUUUGAAGGGAGAAAUGGCCAAUGUGUUGAUAUAAAUGAGUGUUUGGAUGAAGUAUGCACUCAUGGUCAGUGCUCCAAUCGGGAGGGCUAUUUCAUUUGCACGUGUGAUGAAGGGUUUUUGCUCACUCCUGACAGCAAGGCCUGCAUAGAUAUCGACGAAUGCCAGGAUGACAGUGUGUGCAUCCAAGGUCACUGUCAGAAUACAGAGGGGUCAUUUAUCUGCAACUGUGAGCCUGGCUUUAUAUUGUCAUCCACAGGAGACCAAUGUAACGAUGUGGACGAGUGUUUGGAGUUACCUCAGACCUGUGAUAGUGUGGGACAGUGCGUCAAUAUCUUGGGAUCUUACCAGUGCAACUGCCCACAGGGAUAUAGACAAGUCAACGGCACCAGCUGCCAUGAUGUUGAUGAGUGUGAGGAUGAGACACAGCUGUGCGUCCCCAGUGGAAAGUGUUUGAACACAGAGGGUUCGUUCCUGUGCGAGUGUGAUGCCGGCUUUGUGUCCACCAGGGAUUCACCAGGCUGUGAGGAUGUAGAUGAAUGUGUGGAUGGCAGCAGAUGUGUAAAUGGUACCUGUUCAAACACAGAGGGCUCAUAUAUAUGCCAUUGUAAAGUGGGCCACCGUCUGGAGCCAACCAAUCAGACAUGCCAGGAUGUGGAUGAGUGUUCGCUGAAUGAGAAUACCUGUGGAAGUCAAGGUGUUUGUCAGAAUACAAUAGGCUCCUUCAGUUGCCAGUGCAACCCUGGAUUCAAGGACUCUCAGUAUGGGCAGGGCUGUGUGGAUGUGAACGAGUGUGAGUUGCUCAGUAAUGUGUGUGGUGAGGCCACCUGUGAGAAUCGUGAAGGCACCUUCCUGUGUUUAUGUCCUGACGAGAUGCAAGAAUUUGAUCCGAUGUCUGCCAAAUGCUUCUCUACACCACCGGUCACACCUGUGGAGAGGAAAGAGUGUUACUUCAACUUGAAUGAUGAGAACCUGUGUGAUAAGGUGCUGGCAAGCGGCAUGACUAAAGAGGAGUGCUGCUGUACACUAGGAGCCGGCUGGGGGGACAACUGUGAGGUCCAUCCCUGCCCCAUACCAGGAACAGAUCAGUUCUUACAGAUGUGUCCAGAAGGCCGGGGUUACAUUCCUCCUGGAGAUCCUUUGAUUCCUACAACCAGCUUAGCAGAAAGAUUCAAAGAUGCAGAUGAAUGCAAACUUUUUGAAAAUGAGAUCUGCAAAGAUGGCUUUUGUCUCAACACCCAUGGUGGGUAUGAGUGUUACUGCAAGACCGGACUCUACUAUGAUGAGAGCAAACUGCAGUGUGUUGACACUGAUGAAUGUGCGGAUGAAUCAAACUGUAUAGAUGGUCAAUGUAUAAACACACAUGGGUCAUAUCAGUGUUUCUGCUCUCCGCCCCUGGUUCUCACACCUGACAGCGCGCACUGCAUUUUGCCCACCAUGGCAGGUCAAAGAGAAACUGAUGUGUACUCGGGUAUUUGUUGGGAGACUGUGACUGAAAGUCUGGCCUGUACAAUGCCCAUUGCCGACUUACGGACCACGUUCACAGAGUGCUGCUGUUUACACGGAGAGGCCUGGGGCAUGGAAUGUGCUCUCUGUCCCCAGAAAAAUACAGAUGCCUAUGCCACUAUGUGUAAUAUUCGUCAGUUUGGUGCUCCCCGUCCGCCGUAUGGUCAGGAUGCUUUGGUCGCUGGCCCAGUUAUUGAAUAUGGCCCUGAAUAUGACUCUCGAUCUCUGAACCCUGAUGGCACGCUACCCCUCUAUGAAAAUUACGGAGAACCCAGAAAUCCAUAUGAUGCAUUUGAAGGACUGCGAGCAGAGGAAUGCGGCGUGCUGAAUGGAUGUGAGAAUGGACGGUGUGUGCGGGUGCAGGAGGGAUACACCUGCGACUGCUUUGAUGGUUACACACUCGACAUGUCCCGCAUGGCCUGCGUGGAUAUCAAUGAAUGCUCAGAGCUGAACACAAAGAUGUCUCUUUGCAAGAACGGCAAGUGCAUCAACACAGAAGGCUCAUAUAAGUGUGUGUGUCUGCCAGGGUUUGUCCACUCCGCCCAGCACAACUACUGUGUGCCCCAAAGACAGAAUGCAACCAGCACGAGCACGGAGUGACCAACAGGGGGCGCAAGAUACACUAAAAACAUUAUUUAAUCAAGGCCCAUAUACUAUGCACUGUAUAGAACAAACAUCCAAAAACAAUCAGAAAAAAAAUCCUACAUGAGAUGAAGAGUUAUGGUGUCUAAGAGAGAACUGUAUAAAAUAUUUGUUUUAUUGGUCUAUGUAAGUUUAUUAUUUUGACUGUAUUAUGAAGCAGAGAGAACAUAGCAGAGGUGAUAUUUCAGCAAACUGACAAACCCUAUGACCUUAAGCUGGGGGACUGCUUUAUUUUGCCCAGUCAGAGACAUCAAGCUUGUGGAUAUUUUACUAAUGCAAAAGCCAGACUCUCUCCUUAUUUUUAUUUUAUUCCGUGUCCUUUCUCUUCUUUCAUUCUGUUUCAAAUUCAUUUAUUGGCUGAUUUUUCUUUAUCCCUCUCUUUACUUUUCUAUUCAUAUUUCACAUUUUUUCGUAAGGUCUUAGUGAGGUAGACCACAUCACAAACACAAUUACCUGCAAUACAUAGAUUCAUAGGAAACAUAGAGAGCACAAAAUGUUUUCAGUGUCAAGUCUUUAAAAUACGCUUUUUGUAUGAGCUGCUUUGUAUUAAUGACAGACACCAGCUAAUUCUCUGUGUAUGGGACAUUAGUCCACUUUGGACGUCUGCCCUGUGGAGCAGGCAUGACCUUUAACCUCACCUUUCUUCUAGAAAUUAUUAUUAGUAUGUUUCUUUGGAAAGAAAAUAAUAAAAAAUGAAGUGCCUUUGUA